UACACAUUUUAGGAAAUAGUCUUUUUUUUCUUUUUGGCACAAUGAGUCAACGACUGAUUACUAAAGUUUUUGAACAGUACCAGAAGUCCAGGUUGCAGUUUGUGCAAACAGUUGCUGAUUUUGCGACCAAACCACAAAACUCCGAAAUCCUCCAUCAUGCAGGAGUUAUGCCCAUUCUCCGGUCCCUUAUUCUGGACACGGUCCCGAGCAUCCAGCAGACGGCAGCUAUGGCUCUGGGUCACCUGGCGGACAACAAUGACAGUCUGGCAGAAGCUGUGGUGACAGAAGACAUCCUGCCCCAGCUGGUCAACUCUCUGGCCUCGCAAAACAGGUUUUAUAAGAAGGCAGCAGCGUUUGUUCUGCGCGCGGUGGCCAAACACUCUCCUGACCUGGCCCAGGCAGUAGUGAGCUGCGGGGGCGUCGACGCUCUGGUUCUCUGCCUGGAGGAGUUUGACCCUGGGGUGAAGGAGGCCGCCGCCUGGGCUCUGGGCUGCAUCGCACGACACAAUGCAUCUCUGUCUGAGGCUGUGGUGGAAGCAGGAGCGGUCCCCCUGCUGGUGUUGAGUCUCUUGGAGCCUGAGAUGGCCCUCAAACGCGUUGUGGCCUCCACACUCAGCGAGAUCUGCAAACACACGCCAGAGCUGGCUGAGAUCGUGGUGAACAACGGCGCCAUCGCACACCUGGCCCAGUUGAUCCUCAGCCAGGACGCCAAGCUCAAGAGGCAGGUGUUCUCCGCCCUCAGCCAAAUCAGCAAACACUCCAUCAGGCUGGCUGAGAUGGUGAUCGAGGCCGAGGUCUUUCCCGCUGCCUUCGUCUCCCUCAAAGAUCCGGAUAUUUACGUCAGGAAAAACGUUGCAACUUUGAUGAGGGAGGUGGCGAAACAAACGCCAGAGAUGUCCCAGCUGAUCGUGAACUGCGGUGGGAUGUCAACGAUGAUCGACUACCUGGGAGAGAGCCAUGGACAGCUGCGCCUCCCGGGCAUCAUGAUGCUGGGAUACGUGGCGGCUCACAAUGAAACCCUCGCCAUGGCCGUCAUUCGCUGUAAGGGGGUGCCCCAGCUGGCCCUGUGCCUCUCAGAGGAGCAUGAGCAUCACAUCAAGUCAGCCACAGUGUGGGCAAUAGACCAGAUAGGUCAUCACACCUCUGAGCAUGCCAGGAUUGUGGCUGCAGCAAACCUGCUGCCCAGGCUGUUGGAGCUCUACAUGAACCCCGGCAGCUCAGAGGACCUGCAGGCCAAGAGUAAGAAGGCGCUGAAGAACAUCCUGCAGAAGUGCACCAUCAUCCAGGCUCUGGAGCCGCUACUCUACGACGCUCCCAGCAACAUCCUCAAACACGUCGUCUGCCAGUUCAGCAAGGUGCUUCCCCAUGACAGCAAGGCCCGUCGUUUGUUUGUGACCAGCGGUGGACUGAAGAAAGUCCAAGAGAUUGAUGCAGAGCCGGGCUCUGCUUUGCAGGAACACAUCAACACCAUCAACAGCUGCUUCCCUGAGGAGAUAGUCAGGUACUACUCACCAGGCUACUCUGAGAUCCUGUUGCAGCGGUUAGAGGUCAACCAGGAGGAAGAGUCACUUCACAUUCCUCCUUCUCCUCAACCUGAGGGGCAAUGAAUGUUUUUGUACAUUUCAUAUAUAAGUGUUUUUUUUUACAAAGAUUUAUUUGAUAGUGCUAUUAAUAAUACAGAGUAAGCUUUAAGAUACAAUUAGAACAGUUUUCUGUAUCUGUAUCGCUCAAUUGUAUGAACAACGUUUUACUGUUGCAUUGUGUAAAACAUCUAAAUAAAACAUUUUACACUUAUGCAGAAAACACACGUCUUCA